AUGUGUCUUCAUGAAUCCAAUAUUCCGUUCGAUAAAUCAUUCGUUGCUUCCAUUUGCUCAGCCAGAUUACCUGCCGUGGGGGAAAAAGCCGUGACGGCUCCAUUUGCUUCAGGUAGUAUAUCAAAAGCAACCUCAAAUGUGGAUGAUGAAUAUCUGGCCACAUCUUCUGCUGAUCAAAUGACAGAAAGCGCGAUUGAAAAUGACCAGAAAUCCAAGGGAACUCUAGAAUUUGCAGACGAUAUCGACGACGGACCUCCAGUUUUCACACGAGCGGAGGCUUCCCUGGAGCCGCUUGCUCACUCCACAUCAGGUCUUCAAAGUUUUCUUCAUGAAAUUGAGAACGUCCUUAAUUGGAUUUCCACGGACUGA